UAGGGUUUCGUAACUGCAGUUCAAUUCACACACACUAACCCUAGCCUUAACAACAGCAGCCAUGGCAGAAAGAGGAGGAGAACGCGGCGGAUUCAGCAGAGGAUUCGGCGGCAGAGGAGGCCGUGGUGGCGACCGCGGCAGAGGCCGCCGUCGCGGGCGCCGUGACACCGAAGAAGAAAAAUGGGUACCAGUUACCAAACUGGGUCGAUUGGUUAAGGAUGGAAGGAUCACAAAACUUGAAGAGGUCUACCUCCAUUCUCUCCCAAUCAAAGAGUACCAAAUCAUCGACCAAAUCCUCCCAGGCCUCAAAGACGAGGUCAUGAAAAUCAUGCCGGUUCAGAAACAAACCCGGGCCGGUCAACGAACCCGGUUCAAGGCGUUUGUGGUGGUGGGUGAUGGUAACGGGCACGUGGGUCUGGGGGUGAAGUGUUCGAAGGAGGUUGCGACUGCGAUUAGGGGUGCGAUUAUUCUGGCGAAGUUGUCGGUGAUUCCAGUGAGGAGAGGGUAUUGGGGGAAUAAAAUUGGGAAGGUCCAUACGGUGCCGACUAAGGUGACGGGAAAGUGUGGGUCGGUUACGGUUAGGUUGGUUCCGGCGCCUCGUGGGGCCGGGAUUGUGGCUGCCAGAGUGCCGAAGAAGGUGUUGCAGUUUGCUGGGAUUGAUGAUGUCUUUACAUCGUCCAGGGGGUCUACUAAGACUCUUGGGAACUUUGUCAAGGCGACUUUUGACUGUCUGCUCAAGACUUAUGGUUUUCUGACUCCUGAUUUCUGGAAAGAGACAAGGUUCUCAAGAUCCCCUUUCCAAGAGUACACUGAUUUGCUGGCAAAACCAACUACAAAGGCAAUAACCUAUGUUGAAGAUGUUGCUGAUAUUCCUGCUUGAGAAUUUUCUAGAAUUUUGGUUGGUGAGUAUGUUUUGAUUUUAGCAUAUGUUUUGUUACAGGAUACUGGCUUAUUUUUUGUUAUUAUUUUCUAUGAGCAUUACUUUAUUUGGAUUUUGCAAUGCCAAGUUUAUUAGAUUUUAUCU